GGUUUGGAUUUCUCUGUAUAUCCCAUAACCCUUUGUGCAGUGACGGAAGUGGGGUUUAGAGUACCUUUACCCAAACACUUCCACCGGAAGAUGUAUAGCAGCCCAGAAAUGAAUCGUGACUAUUCCAAUGGGACGUUUGGUGGUCAGGCACCGAGAACGAUUGGUUCAUAUUUGUCGUCUGAACGUGUAACUUUUGGUGGUCCAACCGAAAGAUCAUUUGGUUCAUAUGGUUUGUCUGAACAGGGAAAUUCUGGGGGUCCAUCCCAAAGAUCGUUUGGAUCAUAUGGUUUUUCUGAACAAGGAAAUUCGGGUGGUCCGUCCCAAAGAUCGUUUGGAUCAUAUGGUUUUUCUGAACAAGGAAAUUCGGGUGGUCCAUCCCAAAGAUCGUUUGGAUCAUAUGAUUUGUCUGACCAAGGAAAUUCGGGUGGGCCAUCCCAAAGAUCGUUUGGGUCAUAUGGUUUUUCUGAACAAGGAAAUUCGGGUGGUCCAUCCCAAAGAUCGUUUGGAUCAUAUGGUUUUUCUGAACAAGGAAAUUUGGGUGGUCUGUCCCAAAGAUCGUUUGGGUCAUAUGGUUUGUCUGACCAAGGAAAUUCAGGUGGUCCAUCCCAAAGAUCGUUUGGGUCAUAUGGUUUGUCUGAACAGGGAAGUUCUGGUGGUCCAUCCCAAAGACUGUUUGACACAUACAAAUCGUCUGAGCAGCAAAACAGUGGAGGUGCUACCCUAAGAAAGACACUUCACUCUUAUGACUCUGAUCAAGGAAAUGCUGCUCGUCCAACACAAAGAUUUCUCAGCUCAUUCAGCUUGUCUGAACUGGAGAAUGCUGAAAGGUUUGGACGCAGCGAGUCUUACCGAUCAGGGUCUGAUAAUGGUGGCUAUGGAGGUUUUGACAGCGAAUAUGACAACUCCUUCCAGAAUAACCUUGACUCUCAUGGAGUUACUAGAAGUCUGAGUCAUAUUGAUAAUGGCAAGUCUAACUUGGAACCUUCUUACCCUGGUUCAAAUUCAAGAGCUGGGUUUAGGGAUGAGGAAAGAGGCGGUUAUUCUUCCUACAGCACAUUUUCUUCACCCCACAUGAAGCCUGCACCUGUAGGUUUUCGGGGGAGAAGUUACGGUCUGGGAGGACCAACAGCAUUCAGAGGCAGAGGGCAAAUGGGAGACUUUAGGACACCUAGACCUGGAGUAUAUCAAGACCAGAUGACUAUUAGGGGAGUAAAGAGGGAGAUAAAUGCACCCUACAGACCAAAUACAUUUAACAAGAAGCAAAAACUGACUAAACCUUUUGUACCAUUUAUAAAGAAACCAGGGAAUAGUGAUAGUGGAAAUAAAGAAGAGGAGAAAAGAAAACUUGAGACCAGACUUGAAGCCAAAAGAGAUAAGCAAAGACGCAGACGGGAGAAGUACAAUUAUAAAUGUGGUGGACAAAGAGUAGUAUACACUUGUUCCUUCUGUAAAUUCCUGACAUCUGAAGAGAAGGAAAUUGAAGACCACCUCGAAGGCUCUUAUCACCAGGAAUCGCUGGAAAAUAUUCGCAAGGAUGCCAAUUUAGAUGAAGUAGUCAUCCGUUUCUUACAUGAAUCUAUUGUACAUAAGUUUAAGAGGAAUUUAAAACACAAACUACAGUGGCUCGCUAUGGACCCACAGCAAACUUCAGUGCAAACACAAAAGCAUGUAAUGGAAGCUGUAACGGAAGACGACUACAUGAGAAGAGCUACAAUGAUUCACUGCAUUGCAUGUGAUACCUACAUUCCUGCUACCAAGCUCUCUGCACAGGACCACCUGAAAUCCACCAUUCAUCUGACAAAGAAAGUGGAGUAUAAGGAGCAAUUGAAAAGGGAGCGUGUUUUAAUGGCUACCAGCUUGCUGAACAAUCCCACUGUAAAGGAACGUUAUGAAAGGUUUGUUAAGGGCGAGAAUCCUUUUGAAAUCACAGAAGAUGAUGCUGAGAUGAAAGCUCAGAAUGAUGAUGCUGAAUUAAAUCACCAGACUGAUGACCAAGCUGUUGCUGAAACUGUAAUUGAGAUGAAUUGAUCACACUGACGAGAAGCAAACCUUGGUCUUUUAAAUGCUUUGAAAAAGCCAACUCUUCACUGUGUAUUUAAUAAUAGACAGAGCAGCAGAAAUCUGCUUUUCCCCCGCAAUGUACCUAUUGUCUACCUUCUAGUCUGUUCCUGCCACACACAGCCAUUCGUACGUAAACUGAAUCUCCUGCUACUAUUCUUAUUGUUACUGUUUUAUCUAACUAGUUUUGUACCUGUAAUGUUAACACCAUUCUCUCAUUGUGAACAGAACACAUUUUGUAAUAUUUGGCUAUUUUAAAAGAGAGCAUUGCAUGGUUAUGUAAUACAGUUGAUUCUUUUUUUAUUUCA